AUGACUUGGGCUCAAUUCAAUGAGAUCUUCUACAACAAGUGUGUUCCCCAAUGCUUUAGAGACCGAAAAGUUUUUGAAUUCCAAGAACUUAAGCAAGGAAAGAUGUCCGCAGCUAAGUAUGAGGCUAAGUUCACCGAGUUGGCCAAAUUUGCUCCUCAUAUGGUGGACACAAAUUAUAAGAAAGCACGAAAGUUUGAGGGAGGACUAGAUCUGGAAGUAUUUGAUCGAGUAGGUGUCUUGAAAUUGCCUACUUAUGUGGAAGUGCUUGAUAGGGCAUUGAUGGGAGAGGCCAUACUAGCUGCAAAGAAACAAGCUAUAACUCCAACAACUAAAUGGAGAGGUAAAAGGACCGGAUUCAAUUUCAAGAAGGGCCAAUCAUUUCUGAAGAAGCAAAAUUCUGGAUCAUCAAGUAGCUCAAGCCAAAGUAGUGGGUCUAUGCCAGUUUGUCCAGAUUGUGGAAGGAAACAUAGGGGCAUGUGUCACUGUGCAUCUGGUGCUUGUCUUUGA